UGAGUCCAACAUGAUGGUUCUGGGGACUUUGCUUCUGUCUUUGAUUCUUGUAACCCGCACGUGCCUUGCUGCGGAGUGCGCAUGUUCAACGCUGAACGUACACAUCCGCCAGGGUCCGGGAACAAGCCACGCCCAGCUGGGGAUGCUCAUACCUCCCCACUGCCUCACUUACACCGGACAACAGGUCACUGCCGAGGGAUACACGUGGGCUAAAGUGGAGUACCAGAAAAAUCAUCACGUCGGGUCCACAACCAGCGGAUGUCCACAUAUCGUCAGUCGUCAAGAGUGGGGUGCCCGUGCCCCUCAUGGAUCCGCAGGGCGUUUGUCCCACACCCCCAAGUACAUCUUUGUUCAUCACUCAGCCACACAUGGGUGUCACACUCAAUCCAGCUGCGCCCAGGAAGUCCGGAGUUUCCAAAACUAUCACAUGGAUAGCAAACAUUACAGUGAUAUCGAGUACAGCUUUCUGAUCGGGGAGGACGGCAAUGUUUACGAGGGCCGAGGCUGGGAUAUGGUGGGAGCACAUACUCUCGGUCACAACCACGACGGCCUAGGGUUUUGUGUUAUCGGAACCUUCACUCAUCAACUGCCCAAUGACGCGGCGAUGAGUGCCCUCAAACGGCUGAUUGGCUGCGCUGUCACCAUGGGAAAGGUCACGUCAACCUACACCUUGAAGGGGCACCGUGACGUCAGGCCCACAGAGUGCCCAGGUCAAAAGUUGUAUGACGUCAUCAGGACAUGGCCGCACUAUGGCUGA